AUGUCUUCUGCGCGCGACCCCCAGUCCCCAACUUUCUUUGAACAGAGGCCAAUGCAACCACAGACCAUGGCACAGACACCGAUAUCUAUGGAUGCGCCACUGGACGGUCUCUCCUCGCUGUCCUCGGUCCAUUUUGCUCUCAUAUACAUCGACGAGAACGGCAAGCUUCGGUUUGAAGCGUCGCCUUCUAUUGCCAGCAACUGCCAAUCGAUUCUAUCUCCGAAUGUAACUGAUUCGUUUCUGAGAGCCGUGGCGUUGUCGAACAAGGGUGAUCCCGGUGUGAUAGGUUCUCCGAGAUUAAACCAAGAGCAUAUGGGGGGCAGAAGUCCCAUGUCGCCGCAAUCCCCCGGCACAAGUAGCUUGAGCCGCAAAAACUCAAUGUUCCAAACACACCACGACGGUCAUCAGGUCAAGAGAAAGCGGGUAUCUCACGAGUGUGUGGUCCCGAUGAGCAUCAACUGCCACCAGAAAACCAUGUUACCUAUCCGCAACCAUGAUAUCCUGCGUAAAUACUACGAGAAGGCAUUCGAGAGCCUGCAGCAGAUCAACUGCCGUAUCCUCGCCAAGGCGUAUAUCAAGCUUGUCGAACCCCGCAAGCAGGUUAAUUAUCCGUAUAACGGACGCAAGAUCAUCUCGGGCUCCUCACAGCAAUUUGACCCCGAGCUUACCAAGCCUGCUUGGUGGCCAUCGGGCGUCACCCAUCGGGAGCCUGACCAUCUGCUCAAGGCCGAGAGAAUCCGACUCCUGGUGCACAUCCUUUGCGAACUACGCAGCAGUCAUGCCAUCUGCGUCGAGAAACUGAGAGAAGCAGACCAAUCCAUCCGCCGCCAGAUCUUACCUAGUGAGCGGCUGCAAGUCCUGGAGGAGAUAUACAGCGUCCGUGAAGAAGAGGAAGCCUUCCUUGACGGCAGGACAGAUGGACAAGCCGUAGUCUGCGUAUCCCGGGUAAACCUCCCCGACAUAUCCGAAGCCCAAGCAAUGGGCUCACCAGGCUCGACCAUGAAAACCGACCUUAACCCAGUCUAUCGCAAAGAGGUCCCGGACAUGGAAUCUCACACCUCCGUCUUCCCAUCCACGGGGAGCUCCCGACAAGCGACACAACCAAGCACAGCCUUGCGAGCACCAAGUCCGCCAGCAGCCACGUUGAAGCGCACCCGGCCAGGCGAGAGCUCAUACCCGCUGGAGUUCAACACGAACCUGUUCCAACACGAACCCCCAACCACAGUCUCCAUCGACUCGCACUAUCCGUUGAAGUACUACAGUGAGCCCCACCUGGGCCAUCACCCGCACUCGCAACCUCUCCCUGUGAUGGGGAUGACAGGGACAGCGGAUAUGGGGUGUGCGAACCCGUACUAUUUCACCAGUUAUUAA